AUGUUUAUUUUCGUUGCGCUGAGCCUUCUUAUUGUUCUAUCUAUCGCCUUCUACAUUCGGAGAAGCAUCUUGCAGCAGGAGAAAGCAGAUUUGGUCUAUGACAAUGCGUAUCUGAAGGAGUAUCUUGAGCUUUCUCCGGAGGCCUCCCAGCUGGACCACUUCAACGUGCUCACGAAGGCCAGCAUAUACCUCAUUGAGAAGGAGGAGGAGCUGGAAAACGAGACAAAGGCGCUGUACUCCCUGUUCUACGCCCGCAUGGUGAGCAAUACCCUGUGGGAGCAGCUCAAGAAGGCCAAGGAUGAGCUGCACCUUGACAAAAUAACGAUAGAGGCCGAGCUGGGAAGAUACGCGAAACUCGACAAGUCCAGCAUAGAGAGGCACCGGAAGCGCCCAGAAGUCCACACAAAGGAGAAGCUCUCGUACGCCUUCAGCAACAGCGAGCUGAAGGAGCUGUACGAAAGAAUCAAGAAGCAAUAA